AUGCGGUCUUCUCGCUGGUUCAUUGUCGCUGUGAUAUCAACUGCGUAUCUAACGACCCUAUUUUUGUAUGGCAUGAUUGUUCCUAUCAUGCCCACGGCGCUGGUCGCGCGAGCAGGUGUGUCACCGGAUCAACAGGCAUUUUGGACGAGCAUCCUAUUGAUCUGUGAGACCGCCACGGCCUUUGUGGCCUGUCCAAUCUUCGGAUUCUGGGUGGACUCCUCGAUCGGGCGCAAAAUCCCCUUUCUGUUAGGCCUGGUUUUGCUUGCCGGCGCGAUGGCUUUCUUUACCGCAGCGCGGUCCACAACGAUGUAUAUCGUGGGGAGAAUACUACAAGGCCUCGCAUCCGCUUUGGUGGAUGUUGCAGGUCUUGCGCUCCUGCGAGACGGCAUGGGUAGCGAUCGCUUGGGAGAAGCCUUGGGGUACGUGGGUACCGGCCAAAUGGUUGGACUCAUGGCCGGACCUCCAUUGGGUGGCAUCGUGAAUCGUGCUGGAGGGUAUUAUGCGGUGUGUAUCCUGGGGUUUGUGAUUGUCGUCGUGGACGCGGUGAUGCGCUUAGCAGUGCGGGAGAAAAAGGGCGACAACCAAAAUACCAGCCAAAUGGUCGAAAGCGCCAAUGCUGUUGAGACCGAGGAAAGCCACAAUAAACCUCCCGUUACGACGAGCAGUGCAAAUGCCGAAUUGAGCCCCCGGGAAGCGAAGGCCGUGUCUUUUGCAGGGCUGAAAAUAUUGAAGCAGCCACGAGUGGUCAUCACACUUUGGGCGCUAGCUAUGGAUGGACUGAUAGUUGGUGCUUUCGAUGCGACCCUGCCUACCUAUGUGGAGCAAUUGUUUGGAUGGGAUGCCUUUGCAGCAGGAUUACUCUUCCUCGCAAUGGCAGGGCCGGCGCUAUUGGAGCCGUUGUCUGGGCGACUGUGCGACCGUUUCGGGGCUCGCAUUAUGGCAGUUCUGGGGUUCGCAAUGUAUGCCCCGCCAUUGGUAUGCCUGCAAUUCGUCACCCAGGAUAGUAUGUCACACAAGGUUCUACUAGCCGCGCUUAUGGCGUUGUGUGGCCUCGCUCCUACGGUGUCCCAGCCGGCCCUGUAUGUGGAGUCGCAGAUCGUACUGGAAGAAAUGGAGCAGCGCAGUCCGGGCGUCUUCGGCCCGCAAGGGGCGGUCUCACAGGCAUUUGCGGUGCAGACGAUGGCCAACUAUGCCGGCCUCGCGGUCGGGCCUAUCAUCGGGGAGAAAUUGCUCAGUCGGUAUGGGUGGAAGUCAAUGGCGUGGACAUUGGGGGCAUUGGCUGGAGUGACGAUCCUGCCCAUGUUCUAUCUGAGCCACACAAGCUUCACUGAACAGGCACUGCAAGGGGAGGUACAGUCUGGCGGUGACGAGACUCGCGAGUGUUAG